AUGGCCCCGCGCGCGGGACAGCGGGGGCCCUGGAGCCCGCUGCCGGGGCUGCUGCUCCUGGCGGCGCUGAGCAGGCCCGCCGCGCCCUGCCCCUUCCAGUGCUACUGCUUCGGCAGCCCCCAGCUGCUGCUGCGCUGCGCGUCGGGCGCGGAGCUCCGGCAGCCGCCGCGGGACGUGCCGCCCGACGCGCGCAACCUCACCAUCGUGGGCGCCAACCUGACCGUGCUGCGCGCGGCCGCCUUCGCGGGAGGGGACGAGGAGGCGCCCGACGGCGUGCGCCUGCCCUUCCUCACCGCGCUGCGCCUCACGCACAACAACAUCGAGGUGGUGGAGGACGGAGCCUUCGACGGCCUGCCCAGCCUGGCGGCGCUCGACCUGAGCCACAACCCGCUGCGCGCGCUGGGCUCCCGCGCCUUUCGCGGGCUGCCCGCGCUGCGCUCGCUGCAGCUCAAUCACGCGAUGGCCCGGGGAGGCCCCGCGAUGCUGGAUGCCCUGGACGCCGCGCUCGCCCCGCUGGCGGAGCUGCGCCUGUUGGGCUUGGCGGGCAAUUCGCUGAGCCGCCUGCCUCCCGCCGCGCUGCGCCUGCCGCGCCUGGAACAGCUGGACGCGCGCGCCAACGCGCUGGCCGGCCUGGGCCCCGACGAGCUGCGCGCGCUCGAGCGCGAUGGCGACCCGCCCCUGCCGCGCCUGCUGCUGGCCGACAACCCGCUGGGCUGCGGCUGCGGCUCGCGCCCCCUGCUGGCCUGGCUGCGCAACGCCACCGAGCGCGUGCCCGACGCGCGCCGCCUGCGCUGCGCCGCCCCGCGGGUCCUGCUCGACCGGCCCCUGCUGGACCUGGAUGAGGCGCGGCUGGGCUGCGCCGACGACGACGCCAACGGGCGCGGGGAAGAAGCGGACGUCGCCAGCCCGGAGCUGGAAGCCUCUUACGUCUUCUUCGGGCUGGUGCUGGCUCUCAUCGGCCUCAUCUUCCUCAUGGUGCUCUACCUAAACCGCCGCGGCAUCCAGCGCUGGAUGCGCAACCUGCGCGAGGCCUGCAGGGACCAGAUGGAGGGCUACCACUACCGCUACGAGCAGGAUGCAGACCCGCGCCGCGCGCCCGCGCCGGCCGCCCCUGCCGGCUCCCGGGCCACUUCCCCGGGGUCGGGUCUCUGA